AUGUACUGUGCAAUCGACGGCGACGUGUUUGACCUUGGCCGCUACCUCCACUCCCACCCCGGUGGCGCGCAAAUCCUCUAUGCAUACGCUGGACGUGACGCCACCAGUUUGAAGAUAGAUGAUGUGAGUCUCUUCCACCAACUCACGCCAUACACGGGCACCGACGCCACGCAUCUCCUAAAGACGGAAGACCCGCCACCUGCUCUUCUUGAGCUCCUCAAGCGGGACAACCUCGUCUGCGCAAAGCUGGUCAGCAGCACCCGACGGCUCAUCACACCCGUCGAGUUCAGCCGGCGCAACCACUUCCCCAGCAAGACGGAGCGCCAAAAUAGUUUUGGCGCUAGGGACACGAACUGGCGGGUUUGGGUGGCGGUUGCGGAGAAGGAGGGCUCGAAGAAGCAGAUGGUUUAUGAUGUCACUUCUCGGCGGGCGCAGGUUUUACGGGGUAGAGGCCAGUAUGUAGGCGAGAAACUUGCUGGGUCGAAAAGACGUGUGGGUGCUCUCGACGAUGCUGUUUUGGAGACCUACGGGGAAGAGAUCGAAGCGAGUUGGGGCUUGGAGGUGAAUAUGGACGCCGAUGGGCAACAUUUAAACGGUGGCUUUCUUUUGUCGUGUGUCUAA